AGAGAACUUGGCCAACAGUCAACCUUCUUCGUUUGCAAAGUACAGACAGGCAAAAAGACUCUCCUCUAAGAUGGCUUUCAACAUGGGUAACCUCCUCCUCAUUGCCGCUAUCGUGGCCGCCGUUGCCGGUGAAACCAUCCAGCUGCAGCCGACGCAGGGCAUCCUCAUCCCGGCACCACUGGCCGAGAAUAUCCGUGUGUCGAGAGCCGCCUAUGGCGGUGGCUAUGGCGCCCCAGCUGCUGCUCCUUCAUACUCUGCACCUGCUGCACCCGCCCAAUCGUACUCCGCCCCAGCUGCUCCGUCGUACUCCGCCCCAGCUGCUCCAUCGUACUCCGCACCCGCUGCUCCGUCGUACUCUGCCCCAGCUGCUCCAUCGUACUCCGCCCCAGCUGCUCCAUCGUACUCCGCACCCGCUGCUCCAUCGUACUCCGCCCCCGCUGGCAUCCCAUCGCCGCCGUGCCCCAAGAACUAUCUGUUCAGCUGCCAGCCCUCUCUGCAGCCCGUGCCCUGCUCGGCUCCAGCUCCAUCUUAUGGCUCCUCGGGCGCCUACUCGCAGUAUGUGCCACAGUACGCCGUGCCCUAUGUCAGGGAAUUCUUGUAAGGACUCCACUCCGAAAGACAACACACUGAAUCCAUCUCUGAAUAAAAUCAUACGUUUAUACGAAA